CUCGCACAUGUUAUUGUUUUGGCAGGUUUUUGGCACUUCACUCCACAUACAUAUAAAGUUGUUGUAUGACACCGACUGAAAUACUAAACCCUUACAGUAGCAGACUUGCUGAUUUUCUUCCCCGUAUAACAAAGAGAAAGCGGAGUGUGAUUGAUUGAUCAUAUCAUGGGAGUCAAGGAACACUCUUUUGCGCACGGCAAUAAUAGCAAAGAGUUCGCUGUUGACAAGCAAUUCCUGGCUGCUCCGGUGAAAUCGGUUGUCGAUAAGUUUCAACUUAUUCCAGAGUUCUUGAAGGUGAGAGGUUUGGUGAAGCAACAUCUGGAUUCGUACAAUUACUUUGUCAGGACCGAAAUAAAAAAGAUUGUCCGCGCUAAUGAUCUCAUGACAUCUAAGGUUGACCCAAAUAUUUAUCUCAGGUACAAAGAUGUUUCAAUUGGUGAACCUUCAAUGAUAAUUGAUGGUGUGACUGAAAGGCUCAGUCCCCAUAGAUGCCGGCUUUCUGAUAUCACGUAUGCUGCUCCAAUAUACGUCAACAUAGAGUACAUUAGGGAAAGUCAUGGUCAAAAACAACUAACAACGAAGAGCAAUGUUAUUAUUGGUAGAAUGCCUGUCAUGUUAAGGAGUUGCUGUUGUGCAUUAUACAAAAAAGAUGAAGCUGAACUUGCAAGGCUUGGUGAGUGCCCCCUUGAUCCAGGAGGAUAUUUUAUUAUCAAAGGAACUGAGAAGGUGAUUCUGAUACAAGAACAACUUUCAAAGAAUAGAAUAAUUAUCGAUACUAACAACAAGGGGUGUAUACAAGCAUCUGUCACAAGCAGCACGGAGACAACAAAAAGUAAAACAUCUAUUGUAAUGGAGAAAGAGAAGAUAUAUUUAAAUUUAAAUCAAUUUUCUACAAAGGUUCCUAUUAUGGUGGUCAUGAAGGCUAUGGGUAUGGAGAGUGAUCAAGAGGUUGUGCAGAUGGUUGGAAGAGAUCCUCGAUACAGUGCACUACUUUUGCCAUCUAUUGAGGAAUGUGCAAGCCAUAAUGUAUAUACACAAGAGCAAGCCCUGGAGUUUCUUGAGAAGAAGGUCAAAAAAAUGCCAUAUUUUAAUCCUCUACUUGAAAAGGAGGGCAGAGCUCUGGGUAUCCUACGUGAUGUAUUUAUUGCUAAUGUUCCAGUGCGGCAACAUAAUUUUCGUGCAAAAUGUAUAUAUGUUGCCGUAAUGUUAAGACGUAUGAUGGAAGCAAUCUUAAACAAAGAUGCAAUGGAUGACAAGGACUAUGUUGGGAACAAGCGGUUGGAGCUAUCUGGUCAAUUAUUAUCUCUCCUUUUUGAGGAUUUGUUCAAGACGAUGAAUGAUGAAAUCAGGAAGAACAUAGAUCUCAUUCUAGGAAAGCAUCGGUCUAGUCCAUUAGACGUCUCUCAGUAUAUAGUCAAAGACACUAUUACUGUUGGCCUAGAAAGGACACUUUCUACUGGCAACUUUGAUGUAAAACGGUUCAGGAUGCACAGGAAAGGCAUGACACAGGUUGUAGCUAGGCUAUCUUUUAUAGGGACAUUGGGCCACAUGACAAAGAUUUCGCCGCAAUUUGAGAAGUCUAGGAAAGUUAGUGGACCUAGAGCAUUGCAACCGAGCCAGUGGGGCAUGCUAUGUCCUUGUGAUACUCCAGAAGGUGAAGCUUGUGGAUUGGUGAAAAACUUGGCCUUGAUGACUCAUGUUACAACUGAUGAAGAAGAAGGCCCAUUAAUUUCUUUGUGUUACUGUUUGGGAGUUGAAAAUUUGGAACUACUCUCUGGAGAAGAACUUCAUACGCCAAAUUCAUAUCUGAUUUUAUUGAAUGGGCUUAUUCUUGGCAAGCAUCGGAGGCCACAGCAUUUUGCUUAUACAUUGAGAAAGUUGCGAAGGGCUGGCAGAAUUGGUGAGUUUGUGAGCAUCUUUGUGAAUGAGAAACAGCGGUGUGUUUACAUUGCUUCAGAUGGAGGCCGUGUUUGUCGUCCACUUGUUAUUGCUGACAAGGGUGUAUCACGGAUCAAGGAACACCAUAUGAAGGAGCUGUUGGAUGGGGUUCGUACUUUUGAUGAUUUUUUAUUGGAUGGAUUGAUAGAGUAUCUUGAUGUUAAUGAGGAGAACAAUGCUCUGAUUGCUCUAUAUGAAGGAGAGGCUACUCCCGAAACAACUCAUAUUGAAAUAGAACCGUUUACCAUCUUAGGUGCUUGUGCUGGGCUAAUUCCUUUUCCUCAUCACAACCAGUCACCCAGAAAUACCUAUCAGUGUGCAAUGGGGAAGCAAGCUAUGGGUAAUAUUGCUUAUAACCAGUUAUGUCGGAUGGACACAUUAAUCUACCUUCUAGUGUAUCCUCAACGGCCAUUGCUAACGACAAGAACCAUUGAACUGGUUGGAUAUGAUAAGCUUGGAGCGGGGCAGAAUGCAACUGUUGCAGUUAUGAGUUAUAGUGGCUAUGACAUUGAGGAUGCAAUAGUUAUGAAUAAGUCGUCUCUGGAUCGUGGUUUUGGUCGCUGUAUUGUCAUGAAAAAAAUGUCUACCCUAAAUCAGAAGUACGAGAAUAACACAUCAGACAGAAUAAUAAAACCCAAUAGAGAUGGACAUGAUGCGGAAAAGAUGCAGAUAUUGGAUGAUGACGGGAUCGCUGCACCUGGAGAAAUCAUUAGACCUAAUGACAUCUAUGUCAAUAGGGAGAGUCCAAAAAUUACAAAGGGGCCACCUUUGCCACACGGAUUGCCAGAUGGUGCAUAUAAACAAAGUAGACAAAUUUACAAGGGUCCUGAAGGAGAGGCAGCUGUUGUUGAUAGAGUAGCUCUCUGCUCCGAUAAGAAUAACAAUUUGUGCAUUAAAUUUAUGAUUCGCCAUACGCGUAGGCCAGAGGUUGGCGACAAAUUUAGCAGUAGACAUGGGCAGAAAGGUGUUUGUGGCACCAUUAUUCAACAGGAAGAUUUCCCAUUUUCGGAACGUGGGGUUUGCCCUGAUUUGAUUAUGAAUCCUCACGGUUUUCCAAGUCGAAUGACAGUAGGGAAGAUGAUAGAGCUUCUUGGGAGUAAAGCUGGAGUGUCUAGUGGCAAGUUUCACUAUGGCAGUGCCUUCGGAGAACCUAGUGGUCAUGCAGAUAGAGUUGAAGCUAUAAGUGAAACCCUUGUGAAGCAUGGCUUUUGCUACAAUGGCAAGGACUUCAUUUAUUCAGGUAUUACAGGUUUGCCUCUCCAAGCAUACAUAUUCAUGGGGCCAAUUUAUUACCAAAAGUUGAAGCACAUGGUCCUAGAUAAAAUGCAUGCUCGAGGUAGCGGUCCUCGUGUCAUGAUUACUAGGCAACCUACUGAAGGGAGAAGUCGGAAUGGAGGAUUGCGGGUUGGAGAAAUGGAACGCGAUUGUUUGAUUGCUUAUGGCACUAGUAUGUUGAUUUUUGAACGCUUAAUGAUUUCUAGUGAUCCUUUUGAGGUUCAGGUUUGCAGAAAGUGUGGUUUGUUAGGAUAUUACAACUAUAAGCUGAAAACUGGCAUUUGUUCGACAUGUAAGAAUGGGGAAAAUAUUUCUACCAUGAAACUGCCCUAUGCAUGCAAGCUCUUAUUCCAGGAACUACAAUCAAUGAACAUUGUUCCUCGCUUACAAUUAGCCGAGGCUUGAUCUUUGGGGUUUGCCUGCUCGUACAAACUGAAGCAAAUGGAUGAUAGGCAAGCUGCUGCGUGUCCUUCGAAAGUGCAUUGGACAGGACUUCUGUGUGGAAAUAUGAUCAGGAAUAAUUGAUUUUUCAGCAUAUAAGGGCAUUUUAUUGGACUGAGGAGAAAACUAUCAGACUGGCCUAUCCUUGCAAAAUCAGAAGAUUGGUUCAGCAUGAAUGCCAUUUUUGAUGGAUUUGAUUCUUUACAUUGAAUUUGCAACAUAUUGCAAAACAUAGACACGUUAAGGCUUUUCUAUGCGUUGCAACUGAGUUGGUUCAAAUGAAUGUAUAACUUGGUAUCCAUUUGUUGGAACUGUAAAUAAACAAGAUUUUGGUUUCAAAUUAUACAAUUGAAAGAAAAACAGUAUGGAGUCGAAUCAUUUUUUCUCUUCCUAAAAUUUUAGUGCUAUAUUACUCUUCAAAGAAUAUUCUUGGUCACUUAGAUGGCUCAUAGGAGAGUAUGUUAAGAAUGUAAAUUUUUGGAAUUUAAAUUAAAGAAAUUCUGAUUCUGUUGUU